AUGGCGGCCUCUGAGGCGGCGGCGGCGGGGUCCGCGGCUCUGGCUUCGGGCGCCCCGACCGUCCCGACGGCCGCGAGGGGAGCCGUCGCCGCCGCCUCGGGCCCGUGGGGGCCCCCCGGACGGCUGAGGGGCAGCCGGCCGCGGCCCGCGGCGGCAAGGCAGCAGCCCGCGGGUCCGGCGCCUCCGGCCCGGGAGCUGAUCCAGCCGUCGGUGAGCGAGCUGUCCCGGGCCGUGCGAACCAACAUCCUGUGCACCGUGCGCGGCUGCGGCAAAAUUCUGCCCAACAGCCCGGCGCUCAACAUGCACCUGGUCAAGAGCCACCGCCUGCAGGAUGGCAUAGUAAAUCCAACAAUAAGAAAAGAUUUGAAAACUGUACCGAAAUUCUACUGUUGUCCAAUUGAAGGAUGCCCUAGAGGCCCUGACAGACCAUUUUCUCAAUUUUCUCUCGUAAAACAGCACUUUAUGAAGAUGCAUGCUGAAAAGAAGCAUAAGUGCAGUAAGUGCAGCAAUUCCUACGGCACGGAGUGGGACUUGAAAAGGCACGCCGAGGACUGCGGCAAGACCUUCCAGUGCACGUGCGGCUGUCCCUACGCCAGCAGAACUGCGUUACAGUCCCACGUCUACCGCACUGGCCAUGAGAUCCCGGCAGAGCACAGGGAUCCACCUCGUAAGAAAAGGAAAAUGGAGAGCUGCCUGCCCAGCCAGAAGUUGUCCAGUAAGCCCACUGAGUCCUUGAGCACCCAACCAGUUCCAAGAUCAGACACUCAAGAACUGGAAACUUCAGAUAUAAAGCUGGUCGCUUCUUUUGAAGACUCUUGCAGCUCUAAUGCCGGAAAGCAGACUCUUACCACACCUCCGAGAUACCCUCAGAAGUUGCUUUUACCCAAGCCCAAAGUGGCUGUGGUGAAACUUCCUGUUAUGCAAUUUUCUCCCAUGCCUGUCUUUGUGCCUACAGCCGACUCCUCCACCCAGCCUGUGGUGUUGGGUGUCGAUCAUCAGGGUUCUGCCCCGGGCGCUGUGCACAUACUGCCCUUGUCAAUCGGAACCCUGAUCCUCGGCCUAGAUUCAGAGGCUGGCUGUCUUAAGGAAAGUCUCCCUCUUUCAAAAAUUGUAAGUCCUGUUGCUAUGGAACCAGUUAGUACAGGUGUUCAAGUGAACUUGGGGAAGAGCCUGUCUAAUCCUUUACAAGAACUAGGGAACACAUACCAGAAGAACAGCAUUUCUUCAAUCAACAUACAGACAGACCUGUCUUACACCACACAACACUUCAUACCUUCCACAGAGUGGGCUGGGCCUGAUUCCUCUGUAUCGUCUUGUUCUCAAACAGAUUUGACGUUUGGUUCUCAAGUCUCCCUUCCCAUCAGUGUUCAUACUCAAACAUUUUUGCCCAGUUCUAAGGUGACCUCAUCCAUAGCUGCUCAGACUGAUGCGUUUAUAGAUGCCUGUUACCAGUCAGGCGGGAUCUCCAGAGAAACCCAGACCAGUGGAAUGCAAGGUCUGACAGAUGACCGAGUACAGAUGGACCAGGCUGUUAUGGGUGGAGACAUUUUUGGGAGCGUCCAUUCAUCCUACGGUGUUUCUGCAGACAGCAUUAUAAGCAGCAGCUUAGUAGCAGAGACCGUCACUCAUGAUUUGUUACCUCAGAACCACCCUAAGACUUUACAUCAAGAUCUUGAAAAAUCUGCACCAAUUAUAAACUUCAGUGCACAGCACGGUAUGCUUCCUUCGCAGAACAUGACAGAUAACCAGACCCAAACUAUAGAUUUAUUAAGCGAUUUAGAAAACAUCUUGUCAAGUAAUCUGCCCAGUCAGACACUGGACAAUCGUAGUCUUUUGUCUGACACGAAUACUGGACCUGACCCCCAGCUCCCAUCUGGCCCAACCCAGAAUCCCGCAAUCGAUUUUGAUAUUGAAGAGUUUUUGUCCGCCUCAAAUAUCCAGACUCAAACUGAAGAGAGUGAGCUUAACACCAUGACCACUGAGCCUGUCUUGGAAUCACUGGACAUAGAGACCCAAACGGACUUCUUCCUUGCAGAUACAUCUGCUCAGUCCUAUAGUUGUAGGGGAAAUUCUAAUUUCUUAGGCCUUGAAAUGUUUGACACGCAGACACAGACAGACUUAAACUUCUUUUUAGACAGUAGCCCCCACCUGCCUCUGGGAAGUAUUCUGAAACACUCCAGCUUUUCCAUGAGUACUGAUUCAUCUGACACAGAGACCCAAACUGAAGGAAUCUCCAGUGCUAAAAACAUACCUGCUGUAGAGAGCAAAGUUCAGUUGAACAGUACGGAAACACAGACCAUGAAUUCUGGCUUCGAAACCUUGGGGAGCUUGUUCUUCACCAGCAACGAAACUCAAACAGCCAUGGAUGACUUUCUUCUGGCUGAUUUGGCCUGGAACACAAUGGAAUCUCAGUUCAGCUCUGUAGAAACCCAGACAUGUGCGGAACUACACACGGUCUCCAACUUCUAAAAAUAAAGUCCGAGCGUGCAACGGCGUUUAUUUCUUUCUUUCUGGGUUUGGAAAAUGGAGAGUGGGACAACAGUGUUAACACUAUUGAAUGUAGUUACUGAUGCAUUUACUUCAAUUCUUGGAGGGUCUUUGCCUUUUGUACUUGUAAACAUGAAAUUUGUGUAUAAAUGUGAGUAUUAUAAAGUGUAAGAUGUUGAUCUAAAAA